AUGGCUUCCUCCCUGGCCCGUGUUCUCUCCAGAGGCUUCCAUGUCUCCGCCCGCAGGCGCGCCCUCGCCCCGUUCAACAUGCCAGCCAUGAGUCCCACCAUGACCGAGGGUGGCAUUGCUGCUUGGAAAAAGAAGGAGGGGGAGGCCUUCUCCGCUGGCGAUGUCCUUCUUGAGAUUGAAACAGACAAGGCCACAAUUGACGUCGAGGCCCAGGAUGACGGUGUCCUCGCCAAAAUUAUCGCAACUGAUGGCAGCAAGGGCGUCGCUGUCGGUUCCGUCAUUGGUGUAAUAGGGGAGGUCGGCGACGAUCUCUCUGGCGCUGACCAGGUAGCCAGGGAUGCCGCAUCAAAAGCCCCGUCUCAACCUGUCGAGUCCGCAAAAGAAGAUAAGGCUCCACCUCCCGCUCCUGCUCCUGAGGCCCCCAAGGCCGCUCCUCCUCAGGAAUCCAAGAAGGAACUCCAGUCCGGCUCACGUAUCUUUGCUUCCCCCAUCGCAAAGAAAAUCGCUCUCGAGCAGGGUAUUCCCUUGGCCAAAGUCAAGGGUACUGGUCCCUCAGGGCGUAUUACCCGGGAGGAUGUCGAGAAAUAUAAGCCUGAAACAGUCGCUGCCACUACUUCUGCUGCACCCGCCUCCGCUCAACCUUCCACCACUUCCGUCGACUACGUCGAUACCCCCGUUUCCAACAUGCGUCGCACCAUUGGCUCCCGUCUCACGCAAUCUAAACAGGAACUCCCCCACUACUACCUUACUGUCGACGUUAACAUGGACAAGGUUCUCAAACUUCGCGAAGUUUUCAACAAAACCCUUUCUGCCAAGGAUCAGAAACUAAGCGUGAACGACUUUAUCGUUAAAGCUGUUGCCUGCGCCUUGACUGAUGUGCCAGAGGCCAACUCGGCAUGGCUUGGUGAGGUUAUUCGAACAUACAAAAAGGCGGACAUCUCUAUCGCUGUCGCGACUCCAAAUGGUUUGAUCACCCCUAUUGUCAAGGAUGCAGGUUCGAAAGGACUCGCGUCUAUCUCCGCGGAAACAAAGGCACUCGCUAAGAAAGCUCGGGAUGGAAAACUCCAACCAUCUGAGUACCAGGGUGGCACUUUUACCAUCUCGAAUUUGGGAAUGUUCGGGGUUGAGCAUUUCACAGCCAUCAUAAACCCUCCUCAAUCCUGUAUUCUCGCCGUUGGUUCCACUGAGGCCAAGGUUGUUCCUGCUCCUGAAGAAGAGCGUGGCUUUAAGGUUGUUCAGUCCAUGAAGGUCACUCUUAGCUCGGACCACCGAACUGUCGACGGUGCUGUCGGAGCCAAGUGGCUCUCUGCCUUCAAAGGAUACCUCGAAAAUCCUCUAACGUUCAUGCUGUGA